AUGAGUCACCGCAGAAGAACGUUCAUCGUCUCGUCCAACCACUUUGAAAUUGAACCAACAAAUUUUGUAACAUCUGACAAAAAACCAACAGGCACACAGCAAGUCGCUUCUCUUGCGGUCGAUAGGUCUGUCCUCCACGCAACGGUCGGGAUGUUCAACAUUCUUAACCAAUGCAACCCCGAGCUUGAUUUUUCAUCUCUCUUCCAAAGGCCUAUCACAACACCAUCAACUCCAGUCAAAAACAACAACAAAGACAAUGAAAACAACGACUUUAUCAUCUACUCGGAGCAACUCCUCGGCACGGGCGUCGACCCGACACAAACAACGGGAAAAAUGCCAAAUUCACGGUAUAAAGUGUUAUCUGGACUUGGACAAGGAGCCUUUGGCCAAGUCGUCAAGGCGUUUGACGAAGUGAACAACAGGGAGGUAGCUAUUAAGGUGUUAAAGAAUCGGCCUCCCUAUAUGCGACAAGGGAUGCUUGAGAUCGCAGUUUUGGAGUUGAUAAACUCACGGUUUGAUGUGGACUGUUCGGGACACACGUUACGUCUCUUUGACCAUUUUGUGUUUUAUAACCACAUCUGCAUAGUAACUGAGUUACUUGGGAUGAAUUUGUUUGAACUCCUGAAACAACAACAAUGCAAAGGACUUAAGCUGAGGCUCGCCGUUUUGAUACUUAAGCAGGUUGGCGAGAGUUUAGACGUGUUGUAUAACAACAACAUCGCCCACUGUGACUUGAAGCCAGAAAAUAUCCUGUUAGUUGAUAACACAACAAACAUUCGGUUGAUAGAUUUUGGCAGUUCGUGCUUUGAGAACUCAACGCUAUACACAUACAUACAAUCGAGACACUAUAGAUCCCCAGAAGUGAUAUUAGGAAUUAAGUACAACUCAGCCAUUGACAUGUGGAGCUUUGGGUGUAUUGCUGCCGAGUUGAUUCUUGGCAUUCCGAUAUUCCCCGGAAGUUCCGAAUAUAACCAAUUGGAACGGAUUAUAAAAAUGCUUGGAAUGCCUCCGCGGAAUGUCUUGGAACAAGGGACCAACACGCGGAAAUAUUUCAAAAUGGAAGUGAAUGGAUGGGUCUUCAAAAGUAGAGACGAGUUUGAGUUUGAAAAUAAAUGUAAGUUGGAGCCAUUUAAACAAUUUCACCACUAUAAAAGUCUGGAACACUUUACCGAGAGGCUCUCGUUGACAAUAAAAUCACCACAAAACUUGAAGUUGGCGAGGGUGUCUUACCUAGACUUUUUGAAUCGAACGCUUUGUUGGGAUCCUGAAAUUCGAUUGACGCCAGGACAAGCUCUGAAACACCCUUUUUUGCAAAACCGAAUUUUACCACAAAUGUAUCAACCGCCUUCGCCAGUACCACCAUGCAGAAACUUCCCAGGAGAUUCAGCUUUAAGCGCGGACGAUGCGUUAAAAAUUGUGUGUCCACCGAGUGUGAUGCCAUCGAAAUUCAAAUAUCAAACUUACACGUGCAACGCCUAUUAUUCAGUUUUUACUUCGGCACUUGACAAAGGAAUUGUGCUGAAUAUUUUGAAUCCAAAUCCGUUCACACUCCAACCAAUGACACCUCCAGUUCUGGCGUGGGAAGAAGCACAGAGGAGGAAACGGGAGAAAGAACGAAAGAGGCGUGACGGUGCUAAGAAAAAAGAUCGGAAAGACCGAAAUGAGACGUUUGAUGGGAGGAAAUUUGAGGGAGGACAGUCGAUUGGUGGGAAUAGCCUUAAGAGUGGUGACUCGUUUAUUUUCUCUCCUGGGUCGAGACAGGAUUCAUACAAAAGCCCUGCGCAGUCAUGGAGUAAAUACCACCCGAUGGUGAUGCCCAAAGAUAAUUAA